AUGGUAUCUGGUGAGGAAGAAGAAGAAUAUAAAUGGACUCCAACGAUUACCGUCUCAGACAUCAAACUCAGUGGAUUGAGGGUAAACUUUGACCCACCGUACCCAGGGGCUGUCUGGCAUCACAUCUGUGCUCAGUUUCCAGACAAUUAUUUUAUGUGUGUCAAAAGAAUAUUCAAAGUUAAAAUGCCGUUGGCCAGUAAAUUUAUAGAGAUCCCUAACAACAAAACGUAUCGAAUAAUGGUCAGACCAUAUGAUAAUUAUACUAAACCUUUAUAUAAGUUUAUACCAGCAUCUUCUUAUAUCUUUCUACCUCCGUUUGAUACGGAGUUAACAACCAUUGAUAUACCAGUUGAAAGUCCUGUUCAAAAUGUAACAGAGAAAACGCCUGGUGAUGCAUCAGAAUUAUCCCAGCCGAUCAACAUAGCUGUCGUUGUCAUUUUAUGUUGUUUAGCCGCCUUGAUCGUUCUGACCCUGAUUGGCAUUCUGAUUUACAAGCGAAAGAAGAAAGAAAAACAAUUUGUUUACAAUCUGGGAGACGUCGAUUAUCCCGAUAUUCCUAGUACCAUACGGGAAUCAAGAGGGCCAGUCACAAUCACACCCUUGUAUCUUCAUGAUUCGACUGGAAUGGUGGAGGCCCAUUUGGACAUUCUAAGAAACCAGCCGAAUAUAAGUCUAGACAUGAUAAAUGUCAAAGAGAUACACGGAAAUAUUGCAGAAUGGAUAAACACAAAAAUUAAAUCUUUAUCUGAAAACACCGAUCUUGAUGUCUUAAUAUAUGCGUCAAAAACAUUGACAACAGCCUUCACAAACCCGGAUACAUUCCAUGAAAGUCUAGCAGACCAAAUCUGUGUUAAAGUUAUCGAGAAACUUUGUCAAAAUCCGAAUAUCGUACCCUAUAUUGUGUGUUUCGGAGAACAGGAAGAUUUGAAAAAUUAUCCUCCAUUGGUACAGUAUCCUAGUGUAAUAUCGGUGAUAAAAUAUAAAGCGGAUAAUAGUGUGUCCUUUGAUGGAACUUUGGACUUAAUUCGGAAAAUACUAUCCAUUGACGAAGCCACCCGGGCAAUAGUACAACAGUGA